AUGCUCGCUCUGAUCACAGCGAUUUUAGGAUUUAGUGUGACAUACGUUGCCACGGAAGAAAGUAAGCAAAUGUACUCAUCCUCGACGUUUAUUUGCGCGGACGGUAAUAUAGUGUCGUUGGCGAACAUCUGCGAUGGGACUCCUCAUUGUCCAGACUCCUCUGAUGAAGUCGGAAUUCUAUGUCGUCACGUGGUAUGUCCCACGUACAUGUACAGAUGCAGUUAUGGUGCUUGCGUGAAUCGCGCAAUGCGAUGUGAUGGUCUGAUAGACUGUGUAGAUGCUAGCGAUGAAAUCGCUUGCGAUCAAAAUCCCGAUGACUUAUGUUCUGACAAGGAAUUUCAAUGCUCCACUAUUCAUCGACAAUGCAUACCUUUCACUCAGAUGUGCAAUGGCUACAAGGAUUGCGCGGAUGGAAGUGAUGAAAAUGCGACGAUGUGCCGCGAUUAUACAUGUCCCGAGUAUGCGUUCCGUUGCUCGUACGGGGGUUGCAUUCACCAGGAAGUAGUUUGCGAUGGCAUAAAGGAUUGUAUCGAUGGUACUGACGAAGAUGUGAACUUGUGCGCGGCCAUCAAUUGCGAAGGUGAAAAAUGCUCACGAUAUAAAUGCCGGGAUGACGAAUUUGCAUGUAAAAAUAGAGGACAGUGCCUACCAGUGGCUAAAACAUGCGACGGCACUCGACACUGUGUAGACGCAUCUGAUGAAAAUGCAGAAAUGUGUAAAGCACGUGAAUGUCCUGAAAAUUGGUUUCGUUGUGCUUACGGCGGAUGCAUCCGGCCGGAAUUGAAAUGUAAUUAUCAACUCAAUUGUUACGACUGGAGCGAUGAAGACGAAUCUCUGUGCGGGAUAACGCUGCCCGAAGGUGCCUGUCGACUACCCGCUGCAAAAGUAGAUACACAUUAUAGCGUGAGCGGAUGUUUAGGAUGUCGACCGGGCGAAGUUGUUCCUGAACUCACGCGACUGGAUUAUACUUGCGACUUUGGAAGUUCCUUGCAAGGUUCUAGUAGAAUUUAUUGCCAGAGUAACCAGUGGCUACCCAGUGUUCCGACUUGUACUCUAGGAAACCAAUCGCAAGAAAUAACAUGCCCACCGAUAACUGGAGCGUAUGGAGCGAUUAAACGAUGCGAAGCAAUGUGGGGCCCUCACAAGGGGUGGUUAUCGUGCGACCGAGCCCUUCCAGUCGCGGCGGCGUUGAUCGUGAAAGGGUGGCGCGUCGAGAAGGAAGAGACAUUGCCGUGGCAAGCCACCCUAUUCUCGCAUGAGGAUGGCGGAUGGAGAUUUUUUUGUGGCGGGACGUUGAUAGCGGAACGCGUCGUGUUGACUGCCGGUCACUGCGUUUGGAAGACCUUGGCGGACACCGUGCGUGUUGCUCUCGGGAUUCUCUCAAGUGACUUGAAAAAAGCGGGAGAAAAUGUGCAGGUGUAUGACGUAGAAAGUAUCGAACUGCAGAGCGCAUAUCAAGAUCACGAGAACAACUACGGUUCAGACAUCGCGUUGCUAAUUUUGAAGAAAGCUGUCACCAUCAACUCUAUCGUCAGACCUGUUUGCGUUCCCUGGCGUUCUGACGCUGCAUUGGUGGAAUCUCAGAAAACCGGCGGGCUUGGCUUGGUUGCUGGGAUGGGUCUAACGGAAAACGAUACGUUUAGUUCAGUCUUAAGAUUGACUACAAUGAAAAUCGUUUCCGAUGAUGAAUGCCGUGAGAAUCAGAAUAGAGAUUUUUGGAAGUACUUAACUUACACAACCUUCUGCGCCGGAUGGGCUAACGGAACUGGGGUGUGUAACGGCGACAGUGGUGGAGGAUUGGUGCUGCAACGACCGAAUUCCAGCAUUUGGGAAAUUCAUGGGGUCGUCUCCGUAAGUCCACGUAAAUUGGGUACCAGCACGUGCGAUCCCAACUUUUAUACUGUUUUUACGAAGGCUUUUCAAGUAAGAGCUUCAAAAAAUGGCAUGCGAGUAAGUCCUGGAUUAAAUGUAACAACAUGCGUAAUUUACUGUUUCAAAAGACCAUCUUUAUUACGUGCAAUUAUUCCGAUCGAAAUCAACGGAAAGAUCUUUGACUAUCAUGUAAUAUGUACACUUGCCACCGAAGGUAUUAGUAUCGAACCGAAAUUAAUAGAUUUUGGUACUAUCGACAUCGGGUAUUCAUCUGGUUUAAAAAUAGUAACAAUCCGCAACGAAGGAGGCAAAAGUACUAGGAUCAAAUCCGUUCCAAACAUACGCGUUCCGAUAAAAAUAAUCGUCAUUGUACCACGAUUGGUAGUUUAUCACCCGAAUUCGACCGGCGACUUCACCCUCAUCGAUUUCCCACCUACGAUAGAACAUACUAAUAGAUACGAUACCUUCGUCCUGAGAAAUUUAUCGUCCCGAGUGUCUAGUUACGUUGUGCUUGGCGAACUUGAUAACGAAGUCAAAUGCAUUCGGGAUAUCGAUCGCAAAUGCUAUCCGGUUUACAGCGCCUUUGAAAUUCACCCACAUGAAGGGCGAAUGAAUCCAUUUCAAGGUAUCAUCUUUGAAGUGAAAUUUUCACCAACGACUACAUUGUCGCAACAAGAACGUGAACAGAAACGACGAAUGUGGAUAGAACGUGGAGAUGGAUAUCAAAAUUGGACGAACAGAGAUUUUAUGGCAUUUAUCAGAAUACUCAGAGUGCAUUGCACAGAAUCGGAAGAUAUUAUCAAAACAACGGUAGAGACUUCGUCUUUGUCAACAACCUGCGUAUCGAAUAUUGAUUUGGGAAUACGCGACGUAAUAAGACUCUGUCUUUAUGGCGAAGUGCAUGAAGCACGAUUGCAAAUUGAACCCAAUAUUCUCUACUUUGGUGAUUUAAUUGUCGGGCAAAUAUCAGAACGGGUACUUCGCCUGACAAAUCCUUCUGCUGUUGCGUCGAUAUAUUUGGAAUAUAUGCCAAAUGCAAAUGCCCGUUGUUGUCCAAACCGGAUGAAACUUAAGCCAAAAUCAUCGAUUGAAGUUCUUAUUACAGUUCACGGCAAAGAGAGCAUUGAAGCUUCAUUCAAGCUGGUCUUCGAUAUCAAAGCAGACUCUUAUAACUCCUGUGUGCCGAAACGAUGUCUCGAGAAGAUAAAAGUUGGAAGUUACUCCGUGGAAUGCACGGUGAAUAUUAUUUUCAAGUCUAAGAGAGAACUUUUAAGUAAUUUGAUGAUCCUACAGCCAGAAUCAACGAUGACGAGACUCAUCGAAUAUUUUGCGGACGAGGUUGGAAAAUUCAACGGAUACAUCGAUUACGUGAUUAAUGAUAAUCACUCUUUCGAGCUCAGCAUCACUGCCGAUGUCGUCCACAAGCAGCUGCACAUUGAUAAAAGAGAGAUCGAGCUUGGAAAAGAAUGGUCGAGCAAGGAAACCACCUACCGGCCAAUGAUCUCUGUCGUUCGGAUUACAAAUAAAUUGAGCGCAAAAACAUAUUUCAGAUGGGAGAUACCGGCAUCGUCUGGAUUCUACAUAGAACCAAUGUCGGGUUCAGUUCGCGAUAAUUCCACUUUACAUGUUUACGUGCAUUACGAAGCUGAUAACGCUAAAACCAACUACGCACAAGCAGUGCUGAGAUGCGAAAGCGGAAGUUACGCGUCUUUGCAACUUAGCGCACCGAGAUUCGCACCGAGAGUCGAAUUCGUGAAUGAUAAUGCGAAUCUUGGAGAAAUACCGCUAAAUUUACCGACCAAAGUAAUCGCCGUUCUUCAGAAUUUCGAAUUUAAUGAGGUGGUGUACGAGGUAGAUAGCGGAUCAUUGAUCCGUGGCUGCGACGUUAAUCCACUGCGAGGAAAAAUAUCGUCGCGCGGUAUUGCACUGCUCGAGGUGCAUCUUACAUUGGACGCUUGUUGUCGCUUUUCUACUGCAAUUGCUGUUACGGUUCAACGGAAUUUACGGUUACUAUUCAGGAUAACCGGCAAUGUAUCAUUCCCGCGAUUGAAAAUUCUGCCGCAACGAAUAGACAUGAAACGCAUCGGCACUGAUGCCGUUCAGAUCCGUCGGAUAACAGUAACAAAUAUUGGGACAACGAUGUUAAAACUGCAAUUUUUCUUAGAAGAGUAUCCUGAAUUUCGCAUCUCUCUAUCAAACUGCAACAAUUUCGAUAUAGAUGCGGAAGGCGUGACCAUCGCUCCUGGUGAGAGCCAAAAUCUCUACCUACAUUUUCAACCAAUUGAUUUGGCCAGCUACGCCUUCUAUUUGCCGAUGGUGAUAAAUCGGUUACUUGGUCCGGCAUCGAUGCUGAAUCCUAAAAGCAUUAGACCCCUCGAAUUUCUGAAAUCACGCGAAAUGCGUUAUGCACAUUUACCAAAUUUUGUCAUAACACCAUUGCCCGAUAAACUACCCACGAUCGCCAUCGAUUGUACCGUUGCCAAUAGUGUUGUCUUCUUCAGCAAGCUCCUGUUUCUAUUCAAUACUACGACUAACAAGAUAAAUUCGAUUUGGCAACCUUUCGUCAGCGAUCGCAUCGUCGCCGAAUGGGCGACACAGGGAAAAUGCGUUUGCUCGAAUCAGCGAAGUGGCACUUGUCCAUUCAGCAUCACUGUAUCUAUACCAUCGCGAAAUGCUCAACUAUGGAAAUGUGUAGCUGAAAUGUUUCGUAAAACACUUAAUGUUAAAGAACGUCUGUUUUGGUCGAAAUAUUCGGAUACAUACAUCGAACUGCGUUUAAUACGAUGGCUGAUGGGAGAUGAUGCCGAUUCCGCGGCAAUGGAAUUUGCUCAUAUAUUUAACACCACAGUCACGUACAAAGUAACUAGCUCAAGCAAAUCAAGCACUCUCGUCUUAUCGGACAGUUUUACUAUUCAAGGUAAGAUUUAGAACUUUAUAGUAUCAUUUCCAGUACAGAAAUAUAAUAGAAUAAAUUUAUAUACGCAAUAUUUUUAAUUUAAUUGUCGAAAUUAAGAGAUAUCGAAACUAACUCAAAUAUGCAUACGUGAGAUUUUUAAAAUUUUAUCACAAAUCUCUUGUGAAAAUAGAGAAUAGAGAACAAAAAUAGAUGAAUUCUGUUUUCAUAUUUUAUGGAAAGUCAAGAAUUUUAUGUUAUUAUUAUAUGUAUAUACAUUAUUAUAUAUGUAAAUCUCUCUCUUACAUCCAGAUGUAAGACCAUCCGCUAAACAAGUUCCAAUGAUUAUACACAUUUUACCAACAACUUCUCCAUUAUAUGAAUCAACAAUC